AGAAUUCUCUUUCGGGAGACCGAACUCUUUCCGAGUUUUCAUAUCGUCUCAAACCGUGACUUGGUUUGGAUCUGUUUAGCUAGCUGUGCAGCAGUGAAUUUUAGUGGGUUAGUUUCUUUUCGUGUUGGCCUGCGCCUCCGCGCGCACCGAUUUCUCCUAUUCUUAACAGGUACUUCCGCUGUUGUCAAGCUGUUGUCAUCCCGAUCUAAUACGCCUGGAUCUUUGCAAGUGUCUUAGCUACAUCAUAGAAGACUUGUCAAGAAAAUCACGUUAACGCAAGAACCUAUACGAACUUGAGGCAGUUCGUGCAAUGUCGGUCCGUUUUGGGAUUGUUGCGGUUUUCACCGUGACGGUGUUGUCGUACCUAGCUGUGCCAUGCGAGUGUCAAUCAACCGAAGAUACUGUUGUAGUUCUGAGUUCUACGACCAGUACCGAAUCAUCGGCUAAUGACACCAACACCCAUGCCGCAGUCGAAGCCACCGUCGAUGUUGGUAGCAACAGUUCCGGGCCAUCUCCGUCGUCUGGUUGGAGUCGCCUGUUGAGGAAGUUCUUCGACCGACCGUCUUCUCAACAGAAACAUGCUGACAAGAAUCGCAUUAUCCUGGAAAACCUCAACAACAUUCAGGCUAACCCUGAAACGGCCAACACGACUUCAAGUGUUGCCUUCCAUGACGAGGAAACGGUGGCUAUCAUCACCUACGUCAACAAGAACGUUAAUAGCUGCAAAUUGAUGGAAGUCAAUUACCACUACCAAGCUGUAGAGGUGCUGAAAAAUUUGUCGGUCUACAUGCCCAUUUAUCCAGUCGACACGCGCACUAUGGUCAACCUAAUUAAACAAUGCCAGUUCCUCAGAGGACCAGUAGAGUCGAAUGGAAGAGGAUGGACAUCCAGAUCCAUGAGGUCAGAGAAUUCGACUUCCUCAAACUCCUGGACGACGUUUGUCACGACAAUUGUUCCAGGAACGAAAUGGUGUGGACCAGGAGACGUUGCACAGUCUUACGAUGAUCUGGGUGCUUUGAUCGAAGUGGACAAGUGUUGCCGGGCACACGAUCAUUGUCCUAUUAAAGUGAAAGGUUUUGCCAGCGCCCAUGGCCUGAUGAAUCUGUCAUUCUAUACCAAAUCUCAUUGUGCAUGCGACGACGAAUUCUUUAGCUGCUUAAAAGCACUUCCGACUCCGGUAUCUCGGAUGAUAGGCAAUCUCUAUUUCAACGUAAUCCAAAUGCCGUGCGUUGACGAGCUUCAGUUGGCCGUUGCAGAUGGGCUACCAAAACCAAAAUUAGAAAUUUUGCAACCGGAGUUGUGUACGGCAAAAAUCUCAAGGAGCGGAGAAUGCACUGGACCUUCUGUCAGGAGGCCUUUCCAGCCGAGACCCUAUAAAUUCGUCACUAUUAACCGUGUAUUUUAAUUUGAUUUUUAAUUUCACUGCAAUUUUCUCUCUAAGCAACGAAAAAAAAAAAAAAAAGGAACUUUAAUUGUUCUCGCAUCCUUAAUAUACUGACGGAUUUUCCACCG